AUGCGUUUCACCGUUGCAAUUGCCGCUGCUCUCGCCGCCCUCAGCUCUGUUUCCGCCCAGAACGGCAUGCAAUGCGGUGUCAACCAUGCGCUCAUCCCUCUCGACUUACUCCAGACUAACUCUUGCAGCAUGACCGGCAUGGGCGGUGGUCCCAACUUCAUGCAGUGUGGCGGCGACGCCGGCGAUGGCUUCUUCGGUCUCGGCGCGAUUGUCUCUCUUGACCUUCUCCAGCAGAACAAGUGCUCCAUGAGCGGGCAACCAGGCCCCUUCGACAGCUUCGCUGCCAGCGGCGGUCUCUUCGGCAAGGAGGCCAACAACCAAAAGAAGGAUGACAAGAAGGCUUGAAGCGUCCCCUGGAGAGAUUAGCUACUUCUACAAACAAAGAGUCGGACGACGGUACGAUGUAGACAGUUGAAUUGAUUCUUAUUAAUAAUCCUGGCUCUUGUAGUUUUCCGGGCUCGUCUGCUCUGUGUUUCCUCUCUAGUGUUCAUCUUUAUCUCUACACCUCAGUGGCUCCUGUUACACAUUCCCUUUCAACUAGUGGUUCGUCAACUGUUGUGACGUUGUGAUAAUCAAUCCAAUGAUCCAACCUUUAUCUAAUCAAUUAUCCAAGUCACUCGUUAGUCACCAAGUCCCUUCCUUGGAACAUAUUUUAGUCUGAGUCCUCUGAGUCCGGAGCGCUUCUUUAUCCAAUCGAAAUGAGAAUUCCAACUUUCCAACCCAAAGCGAUUGGGUUGGACAUUCUUCACGCCACAAAGCAGAGCGUCG